CUUCCAGCCAAGCAGCGCACGUUGCUUGCUUCUGACCUUCAUGUUUUCUUAUAUCAGCUAGCAGCGGACGUCAAAGUGGUCGGCGCCCACUAGCCAAGACAAUGGCCUCCAGCGUAGGCUGGAAGGCGCCCGCAAUCGUCAAGGCUUCGGAACAUGCGACAGGGCUUUGCGAAGCUAUGUCGGAGGCAUUCCCGUGCAUCAUAAAUGUUUGGCCUUCUGCGACUGGUCCGAGCCUGUGCACAACUGAGAGCAAGCUCGGCAAAGAAGGCCAGAUAGCUUUGGCGGCAGACAGCGCACCGGUCACAGGUUGCAGUAGCAAUGAAAUUGCAUAUGGAUGUGCGAAAUACACCUGCAAUGAUCACUUCGAGGAGGCGGCUGAUACGGGCAGCGUUCGGACGGGCUCAACUGAUACCAGCAUCCUCACACAGAGCAUUAAUUCCACAUCUUCGACCAUGGUCCGCUGUGGAGACUCCCAUUCGACCAUCGGAGCUGCGGCAAUAGGCAGGCGGAAGCAGGCCAGCGGGCUCUCUGCCGCCCUCAAAGCUCGUGCAAUGCCCGAUCCACCUGAUCUACCGCGGUUACAAAUCCGUGCGGCCGACCGCGGCCUCACCCCAUCCUCAAACCUGACGAACCGAGGUGGUCAAACAUCCACUUCCGCAACUGCUGCUAACCCAGCUGCAACAGCCGCGACUGCGGCAGCAUCUUGCGCCGCACAAUCCAAGCCAGGACAAGCAUCGUCCACCGCCGCGGCUGACGCCGACGCGGCGGGUAGCGUCGACAGCACCAAUGCCAGCGCCAGCGACGCCUGGGACUCGCUCCCCUUCUUCUCCCCAUCUGUAGUCGACCGCCUUUGGGCCGGCAGCGCUUGCGACGGCAGCGGCAGCCCUCGCCGCCACCACCACCACCGGCAGCACAGCCAACACCAGCAUCAGCCACACCACCGCUCAGGCCAAGCCCAAGCCCACCAUCCCUAUCAUCCUCACCAUCCUCGCAACAACUCCGGUCGCCAACAACAACACCAACAGCAGCAGCAGCAACACCAUCGCUCCUCCACCACCACCACCGCCCGAAGUAAGUGGUUUCACCAACUGGACCGAGGCCGCGGCUCUCACAUCCAACACCACCAUUCCAAGGCCGACACAACAGACGCCGCCUCCUCCGUCGCCAGUACCGCUGCUGCCAGCGCUGCCUCCACUGCCGCAUGCGGUCAGGCUGCUGCUGCCCCUCCCGUCGGAGGUGCUAGCGCUAGUGCCUACACAUGCAAUGCCGGCUCAUCCUGCAACGGCACGUGUGGAGUAGCAUCUGGGGAGGCCGGCGGUGAGGGGUGCGGGCAACCUCAGCAGCAACAGGGCCGUUCUGCUGGCCCGCCACUGCCGCCGUCGCAACCCCCUACACCGCGCUGCUGCGAAGAUACGGCAUCUUCAUCGUCGUCAUCAUCAUCUUCAACAGCAGCAGCAGCAGGAUCAGCAACAGCGGCAGCGGCGGCAGGAUCAGCAGUAGCGACCGGAGCAUCAGCCUCCUGCAUCGCUGGAGUGUUGCCGCCAACAGGUCGGGUGACCCGCGGGUCGUCAGCAUCCACACCUCGCAAUGCGACUGCAACAGCCGCUGACCACAACCACCAUCACCACCAUCACCAUCACCACCGGUCGCAACUGCCGCCUCAGCCGCCUUGCAUGGCGCUGGUAGCGGCGGCGGCGGCGGCGGCGCCUGCCCCCCGGGCCCUAGGCGGGCUCUUCCGCCGCAGCAGUGGCAGCGGUUCCUCCCCCGCACCCCGGGUACCACGAGGGGGAGGAGGAGGAGGAGGGACGACAUGCAGGAGGCCCCACCGAGCUGAGCCGCCGCGGGAUGCCACUGCCACUGCCACCGGCUCAGCAGCUGCUGCCGGUGUUGCAGCUAUGGGCCCAGCUGCUACUGCGGCUGCAGCGGCGGCGUCAGUGGCCCUGACGGAUGCUGCAGCGGUUGCGGCGCCUGGGGUGGCUGCACAGCUGGGGUGUGUGUCGAUGGUGGAUUCUGCAGGCCGCCAGCAGCAGCAGCGGCAGCAGGAGGCGGUUGCUGCGCCCCAGCCUCAAGCCACGGAGAAGCCCUCGUCCUCGACUUUAGAGGAGAAGAACGCGGACAUAGCUGCGGUCAACACAGCCGCUGGCGCCGCUGCCACCAUGGCCCUGGCUGCUGCUGCGGCUGCCUCUACUGCCGGCGCCAACAACAACAGCACCACUGGGAGC